GGUGAGGAAUGCAGAGGCGGGGUCUUAUGUCUCGUCGGCUGGAGGGUUGAGGCUUGGGUCUGUCAAAGCGUAGGUUUGAGUUAUUAAGUGAGUGUGUGAGCGAGGCCGUGGCUUGAAACUGCAGCGCGGGUACAGACUUGGAGGCUUCAUUGCUGAGCUUUGAAAAGUUGGACCGGGCAUCACCUGACCUCUGGCCAGAACAAUUACCAGGUGUUGCUGAAUUUGCAGCUUCUUUUAAAAGUCCUAUCACCAGUUCUCCUCCCAAAUGGAUGGCUGAAUUAGAAAAUGAUGAUAUUGACAUGUUAAAAGAAUUUUAAUAGAUGCUCUGGUCAGCCAGCAUGGUGAAGUGGUUUGUGUUGGGUUAGGACUUUGGAGACUAGAGUUCAAAUCCCUGCUCAAGCAUGGAAUCACAUGGGGGACCUUGGGCAAGUCACAUUCUGUCAGCCUCAGGGAAAGGCAAAGAGUUGGGCAGUCUAACAACAGCUAAUUUAAUGGAAAAAGUACGAGGUUUACAAAAUCUGGCAUAUCAGUUGGGACUGGAUGAAUGCAUGGAUGAGGGCAUUCCAUGGACGCCGAUAUUAAAAAACAAGGGAGUUAAGGAUGGAUGGGAGUUUUUCAAAAGUGAAAUACUCAAGGCGCAAAUGCAAACAGUGCCAACAAAGAAGAAAAAUAAGACAAGUGCAAAGAAGCCAGAAUGGAUGUCCAAAGAACUUCUAACUGAGCUAAAGCUCAAAAGUGACAUGCACAAGAAGUGGAAAAGGGGAGAAAUCACCAAAGAAGAAUUCAAACGUAUAGCCAACUCCUGUAGGGAAAAGGUUCGCAAGGCUAAAGCGCAAAAUGAGCUCAGGCUUGCCAGGGACAUAAAAAACAACAAAAAAGGUUUUUUUGCUUAUGUUGGUAGAAAAAGGAAGAAAAAGGAGGCGAUAGGGCCACUGCAAGGAGUAGAUGGGGUGAUGGUGACAGGGGAUAGGGAAAAGGCAGAACUGCUUAAUGCCUUCUUUGCCUCGGUCUUCUCACAAAAAGAAAGCCAUCUUCAACCUCAGCAACAUGGAAUGGACGAAGGAUUGGGGGAAAUCCAACCCCAAAUAGGGAAACAAGUUGUCCAGGAACACCUGGCCACUCUAAACGAAUUCAAGUCCCCAGGGCCAGAUCAGCUACAUCCAAGAGUAUUGAAGGAACUAGCGGAAGUUAUUUCAGAACCACUGGCAAUCAUCUUCGAGAGUUCUUGGAGAACAGGAGAAGUCCCAGCAGAUUGGAGGAGGGCGAAUGUGGUCCCUAUCUUCAAGAAGGGAAAAAAGAACGACCCAAACAAUUACCGUCCGGUCAGCCUCACAUCAAUACCAGGCAAGAUUCUGGAAAAGAUCAUUAAGGAAGUGGUCUGCAAACACUUAGAAACAAAUGCGGUCAUUGCUAAUAGUCAACACGGAUUUACCAAAAACAAGUCAUGCCAGACUAAUCUGAUCUCUUUUUUCGAUAGAGUUACGAGUUGGGUCGAUACAGGGAAUGCCGUGGAUGUAGCAUAUCUAGAUUUCAGUAAGGCCUUCGACAAAGUCCCCCACGACCUUCUGGCAAACAAACUAGUAAAAUGUGGGCUAGACAAAACUACGGUUAGGUGGAUCUGUAAUUGGCUAAGCGAACGAACCCAAAGGGUGCUCACCAAUGCGUCGUCUUCAUCAUGGAAAGAAGUGACAAGUGGAGUGCCGCAGGGCUCCGUCCUGGGCCCGGUUCUGUUCAACAUCUUUAUUAACGACUUAGACGAAGGGUUAGAAGGCACGAUCAUCAAGUUUGCAGAUGACACCAAACUCGGAGGGAUAGCUAACACUCCAGAAGACAGGAGCAGAAUUCAAAACGAUCUUGACAGACUAGAGAGAUGGGCCGAAACUAACAAAAUGAAGUUCAACAGGGACAAAUGCAAGAUACUUCACUUCGGCAAAAAAAAUGGAAAUCAAAGAUACAGAAUGGGGGACGCCUGGCUUGACAGCAGUGUGUGCGAAAAAGAUCUUGGAGUCCUCGUGGACAACAAGUUAAACAUGAGCCUACAAUGUGAUGCGGCAGCUAAAAAAGCCAAUGGGAUUUUGGCCUGCAUCAAUAGGGGAAUAACGUCUAGAUCCAGGGAAGUCAUGCUCCCCCUCUAUUCUGCCUUGGUCAGACCACAUCUGGAAUACUGUGUCCAGUUUUGGGCACCGCAGAUGAAGGGAGAUGCUGACAAGCUGGAAAGCGUCCAGAGGAGGGCAACUAAAAUGAUUAAGGGUCUGGAGAACAAGCCCUAUGAGGAGAGGCUUAAAGAGCUGGGCAUGUUUAGCCUGCAGAAGAGAAGGCUGAGAGGAGACAUGAUAGCCAUGUACAAAUAUGUGAGGGGAAGUCAUAGGGAGGAGGGAGCAAGCUUGUUUUCUGCUGCCCUGCAGACUAGGACACGGAACAAUGGCUUCAAACUACAGGAAAGGAGAUUCCACCUGAACAUCAGGAAGAACUUCCUCACUGUGAGGGCUGUUCGGCAGUGGAACUCUCUCCCCCGGGCCGUGGUGGAGGCUCCUUCCUUGGAGGCUUUUAAGCAGAGGCUGGAUGGCCAUCUGUCGGGGGUGCUUUGAAUGCGAUUUCCUGCUUCUUAGCGGGGGGUUGGACUAGAUGGCCCUUGAGGUCUCUUCCAACUCUACUAUUCUAUGAUUCUAUGAUUCUAUGAGGGGUUGUGCUACCAAGUUUAGUGUUUCUGGGAAGUGUAGUUUUGUUGUUUUGUCCUAGGCCGAAAUUUCAUUACCCUUUUAUAUAUAUAGACUAGCUGUGUGCCCAGCCAUGCGUUGCUGUGGCUUAUGGGAAUGCUUUUUUGGCCAGGUGGAAUAGCAGUGGCCUUGCAGCCUCAAAGCCUGGCCGUUUUCUUCUUAUGGGAAUCCUUGUUUGGUGAGCUGGAAUACAAAGGAAUAGACUUGCUGCUUGGAAGACUGGGUACUUGCAUUCUAGGGGAAUGGUUUUUUGGGCUGCUAGAAUUGCAAUGAAUAGCCUCACUACUUCAAAGCCUGUCUGCUUGCUACCUAGGGGUAUCUUUGGUUGAUCAGCUUCAAUAGUACAGAGUAGUAUCGCUGCUUCAAAACCUGUCCGCCUUCUACCUUCUUGUUGUACUGAAUAGCUUCUACCGCCUCCUUCUUGUUGUACUGAAUAGCUUUGCAGCUUCAAUGCCUGGCUGUGUUAUACCUAGGAUAAUCCUUAUUUGGUGAGCUGGAGUCGCACCCUCAAUCAAAGAGCCACUUUGAAGCCUGGCUACUUUCUUUGUAGGUGAAUUCUUGUUUGGCCAGCUUGAAUUGCACUGAAUAGCCUUUCAGCUUAGAAGCCUAGUGGCUUUCUACAUAGGACAUCUUUACUAUGCCAGGUUGAAUGGGAUGGAGUAGCCUCGUGGCUUCAAAACCUGGGGGCUUUCUAUCUAGGGGAAAUCUUGGUUGGCCAGGUUGAAUAGCACUGAAUAGCCUUGCUGCUUGCAAGCCUGGCCGCUUUCUACCUUGUGGAAUCAUUGGUGGCCCAGUUUGAAUAGCAAAUAUGAAUGCUGCAAUUAGUCACCUUGAUUAACAUUUAAUGGCCUUGUACUUUCAAAGCCUGGCUGCUUCCUCCCUGGGGGAAUACUUUGUUGAGAGGUAUUAGCUGGCCCUUUCAGGAAUUCCUUUCAGGAAUUUCCAAUUUCCCUGUUUUCAGAGUGUUACUCUCUAUUUACUGUCCUGCUUUUAGAGAUUAUUUUGUUCUGUAUUAUUAUACCACAGUUAUUAUAUAUUAUAUUUAUAAUCUUAUAUUAUCUGCUUAGAACUGGGUUAUAUGAGGCCCCUUCUACACAGCUGUAUAAAAUCCUCACUGAACUGGAUUAUAUGGCAGUAUGGACUCAAGAUAAUCCAGUUCAAAGCAGAUACUGUGGAUUAUGUGCCUUGGCAUUCUGGGUUAUAUAGCUGUGUGGAAGGGCCUUGAGUCUACACUGCCAUAUAAUCCAGUUCAAAUCAGGUAAUCUGUAUUUUGUAGGCAGUGUGGAUGAGGCCUAAGUGCCUGUCCCCUGGGUGCCAUUUUGGCUGAGAGAGUUGCUAGGACACAGAAGGGGGGGGGCUAAAGGCAGUGGGGGCCUAAAGGCAGCAGGGCCUAUAUUUCUGACUGGCAACCAAGGGGAGAAAGGCUCUUUCUCAUUCUCUGUAACUUGGACUAUUUUUCUAGAUUUUUUGAUUGAAAGACAUAGAUUUGGAUGACUAUGUCUUUUGUGGUCAAAUUUGGUGUGAUUUGGUUCAGUGGUUUUGUUGUUUACUCCAUGGGAAAACCGCACAUUACAUUUAUUUGUAUUUGUAUAUAUAUUUAUUAUAUAUAUAUUAUAUACAUUUGUGAAUGUAUAAUAGCAUUUGCAAGAUCAGUUUUGUUAGAAUUGUAAUGUUUUUUUAAACUGAAUCCCAUCUUCUAGUGUCUUGUACAGAAACAGUUUCUUCCUCUGCAUCUGACUUUUCAGAAAAGGUCAGGCUGUUUGUACCUUACUUCAAAGAAAUAGCUCUUCAUCAACCUGAAUUGCUUCCAUUAAUCGGUAGGUGUGUCCCACUGAAUAGCUACAACUCCAGAGGAAAGGCCAUUCUGCCCACCCUGUUCAUGAUAACUAUAAUCAACUUGUUAUAGUAGUUGUGUUAGCAGUAUUUAAUUCAAUAAAUGUGUGCUGCAUUUAACAGUUA